AUGCAUCUCCACGCGUCACUCUUGACGCUUUUCACUUCCUUCAUUGCGACGACAGUCAGUCAGACUUGCUACGGCCUCGACGGUACGAAACUCGACAACACAUUUGCUCCAUGUAAAUCUUCCACCACACAUAGUGGUUGCUGUGCAACAAACCGAUCAGUUGGUGCAGACAUAUGUCUGGAUACUGGAUUGUGCAUGGCGACAAAAGACGAAUACAUGGGCUCGAUAUGGCAAAACGGGUGUACAGACGCCACGGGGAACGACAAAGCAUGUCCCAAAAUGUGUCCAGAUGCAACCACCUCCUUCGACGGCCUAACCCCCGUCCAAGCAUGGAACGUCCAAAUGUGCGACUACGGCACCUACUGCUGCCGGGCUUCCAACGACCGAAAAAACUGCUGCAACAACGCCACCGCACCACGAAUCACAACAAAAAACAUCGGCACCUUCCAGCUGCCCACACAAACAGCCACCACACCAUCACCAUCCGCCACCGCCACCCCCUCAGCCCUCGCCAUCGCCUCCCCCGCCGAGCUCGCCCUCGACACAACAACCUCCUCCUCCUCCUCCCGCCAAACCCUGUGCAAGAAAGAGCGCCGCCAGACCGCCAUCGUCGGCGGCGCCGUCGGCGGCAUCCUCGGCUCUGCGCUCCUCGCCGUCUGCGCCGUCAUGUUCUGGAUGCACAAGAAAGAGAAGCGCCAGCGCAGACUGAAGGAGCACUACGAAGAGCAGUUCUCGCAGACUUCUGCGUAUCGGAAGAUGUUGGCGAGUAGCUCUGGGUCCAUCAUGAAUGGGGUCGCGGAUGAGGAGCCUAGGAGGGGGAAGAUGGUUCCGCGAUGA